UCAUCAGGAAUGCCAUUCGGGAAACGUGGGGAAAUGAAAAUAACUACAAUGAUGUUCCAGUGGUAAGAGUUUUUCUCGUUGCAACAUCCCCUCAUAGACCAGAAGCUGUCCAACGAAUGCUCGAAGAAGAGAGUGAAUACUAUGGUGAUAUAAUACAGCAGGAUUUUCUUGAUACCUAUUACAAUUUGACUCUAAAAACGCUAAUGGGCAUGGAAUGGGUUGCAAAAUUCUGUUCCAGUGCCAGUUAUAUGAUAAAAAUUGAUAGUGACAUGUUUCUUAAUGUGGAAUAUCUCAUCCAUCAAGUCCUACGUCCAGAGUUGCCAGUUCAAACCAACUACUUUACUGGGCAAAUAUACUCCAAUAAAAGACCUAUAAGGAGUAAAGCUAACAAGUGGUACAUGCCACCAGAAAUCUACCCCAAUAAAACUUACCCUCCUUUCUGCGUUGGUAGUGGAUAUGUUUUCUCAGCAGAUUUAGCAAAGAAGAUCUAUGAAAUAGCUCAAGUUGUACCUGCAAUACCCUUGGAAGAUGUUUUUAUGGGGAUCUGUUUGUAUGUGCUAAACAUCGCACCCACUUACACUCCAGGGAAUGUUUUUAACAGGUACUACAACUACGAUCGUUGUACAUUUCAUAAGAUAGUUGCAAGUACUCUAGGUAACACCAAUCAACUUCCAAAGAUAUGGCAAGAUUUUUGGACUAAUAAGACAUUGGGAUGUUAACAUACUGGGACUAGAAACAUCAAAGAGCAGACUUUUAUCAGAAAUUUUUGCAUAUUUUAUGAAACAUGGAUCCGUAAUUUACUUUAAAAAUUAACAUUAUGUCUGUGGUAUAAUUUAUAUUCUCAUAUUCUAGAUUAGUGGUACUAAAACCUUGAGCAGGAUUUAAUUAAUACCCAGUUAUGUUCCCAUAUUAAUAAAUCUUGGAUCUUUAAUGAUGUUAGAGGGUGCCAAACUCAUUUGUAAAUGUAUAAAUGGAGGGACAAAUGUAAUGGAACAAAUCAUAUUCCAAAUAUACACAAUGCUCACAUACUUUCUAAUCAUACAAAUAUACAGAGUACAUGCUCACACAGAAACUCACUGCCCUCCAAACAUUCUCAGCACAAGCAUACACACACUGACUGUACACAAACGGACAUAUUGCAGGUGCACAUUAACUUCAUUUACAAAUACACAGGGUGAGUCAAAAUUCAGAGUAGUAUUUGACAGGUAAUUAACUGUAAUUAUUUGUUAGUAGUUAAAUUUUUUGUUGCAGGCAUAAAUUAUAAGUGAGUCUUGGGAGAUUCAUCAGUUGUAAUUCAUGAACGAACAAUGAGUAAAAAUAGUGGAAUAUUAUUUUUAAAACUGAGGCAACUGAUAAUGAGGUCAACCUUACCUCCCUAGUCUUGCCAGCAGUACCGGAUGAACCAUCAGGAAAAUAGGUAAAUACCCUGUGGGCAGUGGCGUACAUACCGGGGUCUCAGGGGUCGCGGCUGCGACCGGGCCCGGCCCACCAGGGGGCCCGGCCGCCCUGCGACCCAGUAUGCACACCAAUUUGGCCAGCCUCUUUUCCUUGGGGACCCAGGAGCUGGCCACCUCAUGGCCCCCCGAGGCUGGCCCUGGUGUUACCGGGCGGGCUGGCUGGCUGGCGGGGCGCGCAAGGGAGCACUCUUACCUGAGCGCUCUCUGACCAGCUCCCUCACGCGCACCGCACUGAUGCCAAAGCCGGGAUAUGACGUCAUAUUCCGGCUCCGGCAUCAGUACGCGGUGCACGAGGGAGCUGAACAGGGAGCGCUCAGUGGAGAGUGCUCCCUCCCGCGUGCGCCAGCCUGCCCGGCCGCCCAGCAACACCACUGGACCCCAGGGAAUCCCCUCAGCUCUCCCAAAUGUAGGGAGGCUGAGGAUUAAAUUUAAAAAAAAAACGUGUGUGUGUCUGUGUUAGAGUGUGUGUGUUAGUGUUAGAGUAUGUGUGUUAGAGUGUGUGUGUCAGUGAGUGUGUUACUGUGUGUGUGUUACUGAGUGUGUUAGUUUGUGUGCGUCUGUUAGUGAGUGUGUGUUUUGUGAGUGUGUAUGUGUCUGUCUGUCAGUGAGUGUGUAUGUAUGUCUGUCACUGAGUGUGUGUCUGUCGGUAAAUGUGUGUGUCUGUUAGCUAGUGUGUAUGCGUCUGUUUGAGAGAGUGUGUGUGUGUGUGUCUGUUAGCUAGUGUGUAUGCGUCUGUUCGUGAGAGUGUGUGUCUUCAGCACUUACCUUUCUCCAGCACAGGACUCCCUUGGCGCUGGGGAUCCCUCCGCCCCAAUCCGCCUCUCAUCUCCAAAUGCGCAUGCACGGCAAAAGCCGUGCGCGCAUUCAAACCGCCCAUAGGAAAGCAUUUCUCAAUGCUUUCCUAUGGACGUUCUGCGUCUUCUAAACUUUGAUUUUCACAGUGAGAAUCGCGGAAGCUCCUCUAGCGGCUGUCAAUGAGACAUCCACUAGAGGCUGGAUUAACCCUCAGUGAAAUAUAGCAGUUUCUCUGAAACUGCUAUGUUUUCAGCUGCAGGGUUAAAACUAGAGGGACCUGGCACCCAGAACACUUCAUUGAGCUGAUGUGAUCUGGGUGUCUGUAGUGGUCCUUUAAAUGUAUGUGUAUCUCAUGCACUGACGUACAUACCGCGGUCGCAGUGGUCGCACCCCUGCGACCAGAUGCCCGCCUCCAGGUUUUGCAGCCCCGGCCCGCGCAACCAUGUUUGGUGCCAUGACGGGCCAGUGGAAAGACCUCACCAGCCCAGAGCCUACCAAUUAGGAGAAUGGCGCAAACCCAGUUUGAAUGGGAACUCCUUCUCCUAUUGGUCGGCACUGACGUCCAGGCGACUAGCAGGACCUCUGUGGCUGUGAAGUCUCUCUCCGUUGGCUACCUCCACUUAGGUAACCCUAGGGAGAGCACUCUCUGGGCAGCUAUGAGCCUGGCCUCGUAGCUUCCGGGUUGGAAGGACAGAGAUUAUAGCUCGGUUAGCAGCAGGUAGGGCGAGCCCAGACACUGGGACCUGAAACCGUGCGGGCACGCCAGUUCGGAAUAUGAAUGCUUCCCCUGGCAUUUGGCUAUAUAAACCGGCGGCCACCCAGGGGAGCAUUAGUUAAUGAUUUCCCUUGUGGGAAAUACAUAGAGAUACAAGGGGAAAACACAAAAUACAAAGGAAAAACACAUGAAUAAGCAGUGGACAUGGUACUCAGUGUAUUGCGGUCCGCCUCAGUCUCUGUGAUUCAAAAAUACCCAGGCCAAAUUUCUUUCCCAGUCCGACCCUGCCUGCCAGUGCCUGGAAUUGGAUUGGUAGGAUUGAGUAGGUAAUGGUAUGCACUAACAUAUAAUCCUCACAUUGGUACAGCAAGCAAAGAGAAGAAGAAAUAUAUGGGGAAAAAGGGGUUUUGCGAUGAUCAUUUGGCCACUCGAAACAUAGAUGUAAUAGAGUGGUGGCAUCGAUGUUAGAACGAAGGAGGACUGAUGAUUCACAAGAGGAACAAAAUUAAAUAAUUUUGCAAUUCUGCUAUGAACUUAUAGAAGUGCUUCCAAAUAUGGUGUUAUAGAUACCACUACAGCUGUUCUAAAACAACAAAUGGGGAGCUGUGCAGAUUUGUAUGGGAAUUAAAAUAAAGUAAAUAAAAACACCAGCAGUUUUUAUAUUAUUACUUAAUUUAAAAGGGAGUGGGAACGGUUUACCUAAUCACCAUCUUUGAUAUUUUGGUCAAUGAAGUUAGUAAUGUAAUGUCUAAGGAAAAUCUACUUAGUUAAAUACAAUCUUAUUGUGAGCCUUAGGCUUGAGCGCCCCCUGCUGGAAUAAAUCUUGGUUGAGCCGGCAGAAUAAAGAUUUGAGCACACUGUUGGGCAACCAUAAACGUGAAAAGCCUCAAUUUGCUUAAGAUGACUAGAGGGCACAGUAGGGAUUCAUUAACAGGAUUCAUUAACAUGAAUGAAUACCUCUUUUUAUUAUCUUUUAAUUAUGUAUUAAAUGAAUUGAAUUUUUUAUUACUAAAUUAUUUUCUCCUUCUAUCUUUCUUUCAUUGGAGUUCUAUUUUGAAGUGGGCAUGGUUUAACCAUAUCACUCAUUCAUAAAGCUUCACUUUUAUCAUUAACUAAUAAAUGUAACUUAUUUCUCAGUUCGUACGAACAAAGUUACAUCCUCAACAAAGACACACAACUUGAUUUGCUCAAAUGCACUGAAUCCGAAACUCAUAAAACGUUGAUUCUGUUGAUUUUUUCUUAAUAAAGGGUCCAAACUAAAUAUAUAAAAUAAAGGGCUAAGAGGGUAACUAUUCGUUGUCUCACACCUGCUGUUACUCUAAAAGUAGGACCUAAAUUACCAUUCAUUUAUGGUAUACAACUGUCUCUGUCAUGUAAGAUACUAAACCAAAUAACGAACAUACAAGGUAUUCCACAUUUCAAUAUGGAUACAAGAAAUGAUGGUGGACUUUGAUCCAAACUUGGUACGAAGUGUUAUAUUUUACUUUCGUUUCCUGAGUUUCUCUUAUUAAUAAAAGUGUAUCUUGUAUACUAUGAUGUUUUCACCACACAUGAUUACCAUGGGCUUAUUAGUUCAUUUGCCACAUCACUUAAAAUAAAAUAUAGGAUUUGGGCUGAAACCUAGAAACGUAGAAUGUGACGGCAGAUAAGAACCAUUCGGCCCAUCUAGUCUGCCCAAUUUUCUAAAUACUUUCAUUACUCCCUAGUCUUAUCUUAUAGUUAGGACAGCCUUAUGCCUAUCCCACGCAUGCUUAAACUCCUUUACCAUGUUAACCUCUACCACUUCAGCUGGAAGGCUAUUCCAUGCAUCCACUACCCUCUCAGUAAAGAAUUACUUUAUGAUAUUAUUUUUAAACCUUUGCCCCACUAAUUUAAGACUAUGUCCUCUUGUUGUGGUAGUUUGUCUUCUUUUAACCCCUUAGUGACCAGACCGUUUUUCAAUUUUCUUACCGUUAAGGACCAAGGCUGUUUUAACAUUUCUGCUGGGUUUGUGUUUAGCUGUAAUUUUCCUCUCACUCAUUAACUGUACCCACACAUAUUAUAUACUGGUUUUCUAGCCAUUAAAUGGCCUUUUUAAAGAUACCAUUAAUGUCAUCAUAUCAUAUAAUUUACUAUAAAAAAAUUAUGAAAUAUAUUGAUAAAAAUUUUAAAAACACACUUUUUCUAACUUUGACCCCCAAAAUCUGUUACACAUCUACAACCGGCAAAAAACACCCAUGCUAAAUAGUUUCUAAAUUUUGUCCUGAGUUUAGAAAAAAAAAUGUUUUUGCAAGUUUUAGGGCUAUAAGUACAGGGACAUUGCUGUUUCAAAAUAUAUAUUUUUUCAAUUUAUCAAUAGUGACUUUGUAACACUGUUAUCUGUCAUAAAUCUCUGAAUCACACCUCACAUGUACAUAUUUUUUUUAAAGUAGACAACCCAGGGUAAUCAAUAUGGGGUCACUACAGUCUUUUUUAGUAGCCACUUAAUCACAAACACUGGCCAAAGUUAGCAUUUAUAUUUGUUUUUGUGUGAAAAAUGCAAAAAACUAUUAUGAACGCUAACUUUGGCCAGUGUUUGUGACUAAGUGGCUACUCAAAAACACUGAAUGGGGUAUCCAUUUGCAAUACCUUGGGUUGUCUUCUUUUGCAAAUGGUAUGCCAUCAUGGGGUUAAUGCUCCUUCCUGGGCUACCAUACGCUUUCAAAGGCAACAUAACCAACCUGGCAAAUUUCAAUGGGAAAAAACGGAAAAUCAAGCCUUAUAUUUGAACAUGUAACUUUAAAAAUACUAUAAAACCUGUAGAUGGGGGGCAGGGGCGUACCUAGAGCAUUUGGCACCCGGUGCGGAUCCUGUGCUUGGCACCCCCUCCCAACCCCCCCACCCAAAAAAAAAAAAAACCUGUAAAAAAUGUUAAAGGUUUUCUUUCUUUUUUUUUUACAAUUUGUAAACUUUGCAAAACCGCUGUCAGCCCCUCCUACAAAACCCUUGUCCUGCCCCGCCCCUCCUACAAAACCUCUGUCCUGUCCCUUCUACAAAUCCUGUACUGCCCCGUCUACAAAACCCCCGCAACCCCCUUCCACAAAUCCCCUGCUUAUCCCCCGUUAUAAAGACUCCUGUCCCAAUACAAAAACCCCACCCCCUUCUACAAAAUCCCUGCAGCCCCACACACACAUUUACAGGCAGACAGUCACACACUAAGUUACAGACAGAAAGUCACACACUCAGUUACAGGCAGACAGUCACACACAGUCACACACAGUCACAAGCAGACAGUCACACAUACACAUUUCCUCCGUGCGGCCAGUUUAUCAGCUGUUUGCUUGUGAGCUGUACUGGCCGCACGGCACCCUAACUACCAUGGGACACUGUGCGGCCACAGCUCACACAGCCCCCUCCAGCCAGGGCCGGUGCGAGGAUUUUUGCGGCCCCCCCAUGUGACAUCACAAUGCCCCACCAAUAUGAUUUGCCAUGUUAACUAACGCCAGUGCUGCAGUGCUGCCGUGUUUACAUUAAAAGGCCAGGCUAUAGACACCAGAACCACUACAUUAAGCUGAAGUGGUUCUGGGCACUAUAAUGCCCCUGUAAUGUGAGGUAAAUUAGAGCUUAGUGCCACGAAUAAUAUACUAGAUUGCCUACUUACAACCAGAUGAGGAUGAUGAUGGGCUCUAGCUGCAACCUGGCUCCACUGGUCUGGUGCAGAACAAGCUCUCUGGAGGUGGUUUGUAACUGUGGUCACAAAAAUCAAUGUUCUGGGAGAACGGGAAGCAGCUCCAUUUUUUGGGGGUCCUUUACACAGCUCAAGGUCUGGGUCCCAGGGUCCACCUUCAUGUUCCACCAAUGAGUUUGUUCACAGGGGGUGGAGUGUGUAGGGGAUGUCCUGAUAUGUGUGUAAGGAAUGCAUUGUGUGAAAUUGUGUUUGUAUGUGUAAGGGCUGCAAGGUGUGUUUCUGUGUAUGUACGGGAUGCAUUGAAUGUGUGUAAGGGGUGCAUUGAGUGUGUGUAAUAAAUGCAUUGUGUGCUUCUGUGUGUGUAAGGGAUGCAUUGUGUGUAACGGUUGCAUUGCUUGUGUAUGUGUGUCUGUGUGUGUAAUGCAUUGUGUGUUUUUCUGUGUGCACUGUGUGUAUGUGAUGAAUGUCAAUCUCUCCUCCUGCCAAUUUCUCUUUCUCACCCCCUCCCAAUUUCUCUUUCUCACCCCCUCCCAAUUUCUCUUUCUCCCCCCUCUAAUUUCUCUUUCUUCCCCCCUCCUAAUUUCUCUUUCUUCCCCCCUUCCUCCUAAUUUCUCUUUCUUCCCCCCCCUCUAAUUUCUCUUUUCUUCCCCCCUCUAAUUUCUCUUUCUUCCCCCCUAAUUUCUCUUUCACCCCAAAUUUCUCUUUCUCCCCUAAUUUCUCUUUCACCCCAAUUUCUCUUUCACCCCCCCCAUUUCUCUUUCUUCCAAUUUCCUUUCACCCCCCUCCUCUAAUUUCUCUUUCUUCCCCCUAAUUUCUCUUUCUUUUUCUCUUUCUCCCCCCUCCUCCUAAUUUCUUCCUCCCCUACCUACCUUUGCUGUAGCGUGCCGGCCCAGUAUAGUCCACGGGUACAGGGAGCAUCAGUGUGUUCCUGUUAGUCCGGCCGGGUACAGGAGACAGAUGCUCUCUGUACCCGUCGGACCAUCAUGCUGCAGGCUCGCCACCGCAACAGAGGGAGUGACAGGAGGCGCUGAGCAUUUCCCUCCUGUCAGCCCCUCUCCUCAGGCUGCGCCCGGGCGGUGCGGUCGCCCUCAUGGGCGCACCGCCGGGCAAAGCUGCAGCCACCUGAGGCUCUGUACAGGCUGAGGCUGGCUGCAGCAGGAGAGGGCGGCACCCUGCUGGCACCAGGCGGACCGCCCCCUCCGCCCCCCCCACUUAAUGCGCCACUGAUGGGGAGUACUGUUAUACUUGGGAGCAGGGCCGCCAUCAGGGGGUGACAACUAUAACGGAUGUCACGGGCCCAGCGCCACCCGAUGGGCCCCAUAUCUUCAGGGGCCCGGUCAACGCUGUGGCCGUGGUAUAGCGUGACCGGGCCCCUUUAAAAAAAAAUUAAAAUGCCACUGCAGCGCAAGUGCUGCUGGCAGGAAGUGGGGUGACAACUAUAACGGAUGUCACGGGCCCAGCGCCACCCGAUGGGCCCCAUAUCUUCAGGGGCCCGGUCAACGCUGUGGCCGUGGUAUAGCGUGACCGGGCCCCUUUUAAAAAAAAUUAAAAUGCCACUGCAGCGCAAGUGCUGCUGGGAGGAAGUGGUCACUUCCUCCCAGCUCACUCCACGCAGGAGGAGCACGCGCCCGGCAAUGAAGAGGGAGAGCCGUGCUGACUCCCAGUCCCAUCAGCCCCAGCCACCCUUCUGCAAAGACAAGGUAAGCGACAGGAGGGCGGCUGGAAAAUGAGGUGUUUGUGUGUGUCUGUCUGUCUGUCUGUAUGUUUGUAUGUCUGUCUGUAUGUCUGUCUGGAUGAAUGUAUGUAUGCCAGUAUGAAUGUCUGUAUGUAUGUCUGUAUGUAUGUCUACGUUUGUGUGUAUGUAUGGUUGUCAGUGUCUGUCUGUAUGAAUGUAUGAAUGCCAUUAUGAAUGUCUGUCUGUAUGUAUGUCUGUCUGUAUAUCUAUGUCUGUGUGUAUGUAUGGAUGUCAGUGUCUGUAUGUCUGUAUGCAUGUCUGUAUGCCUGUAUGCACGUCUGAAUGUCUGCCUGUAUGUCUGAAUGUCUGAAUGUCUGUCUGUCUGCAUGUCUGAAUGUCUGAAUGUCUGUCUGCAUGUCUGUCUGUCUGUAUGUCCUUAUGAAUGUGUGUAUGUCUGUAUGAAUGUAUGUUUGCCAGUAUGAAUGUCUGUCUGUAUGUAUGUCUGUAUGUAUGUCUACGACUGUGUGCAUGUAUGGAUGUCAUUAUGUAUGUAUGGAUGUCAGUGUCUGAAUGUCUGUAUGUCUGUAUGCAUGUCUGUAUGCAUGUCAUUAUGUGUGUAUGAAUGUCAGUGUAUGCAGUGGCGUACUAAGGGGGGGGCGGAGGGGGCGGUCCGCCCCGGGUGCCAGCCGGGUGGGGGGUGCCAUGACCAGCCCCAUGCGCUGCAGCAGCUCCCAAAGCCUCUCAGCUGCAGCUUUGCCCGGGCGGUGCGUCCAUGAGGGCGGACCGCACCGCCCGGGCGCAGCCUGAGGAGAGGGGCUGACAGGAGGGCAGCGCUCAGCGCUCCCUCCUGUCAGCUCCCUCACUGUAGCGUGGCCGAGCCCUGUAUAGUCGGCGGGUACAGGGAGCAGCUGUCUCCUGUACCCGGCCGGACUAACAGGAAGUGUAAUUAUUUGGAAUCCUGAUUAUAAGUUUUGUAUUUAGCGUUUGAAAUCUCUCAUUGACUGAACUCUGCAUGUUGAAGGAAACCACUAACCAUAGGCUGACAUUAUCCAAUGUUUUACAUAAGCCCUCAUUUGUUUUGUUUUUUUAAAUCUCUUUAAUCAAUGUAAAUGGCAUCCCAGGUUUUGUUUAGGACAGUCUUCCUUUCCUCAAUGUGUUCAUUGCUUCAACUGAUAUCUCUGCUCCUCACCAUGUCUCUCUGGAAAAUGCACUUAAUAAGUGGUGCUGUUAGUUUCCUGCCCUGGAUCACUUUUACCUACAUGCUUUUCCAUCAAGACAUCUUCAAGCUGCACAUGAUGAGUCUUAAGACGGUGGGUGAUCCAUUUUUAUCCGCUACUUUAUUUGAUGGAAGUCGUACCAGCACUUUGAACGCAUGGCUGUGAGGUAUAACCAAAAGGCUGUUUGAACUGUGUGAUUGGUGUUUCCAAGGAAUGAGAGGCUUGCGAAUGAGCGAGAAAAUGAGCGCGUGCAGAGACCUGGUGGUGCAUUAUGGAUAUUUUUAAAAUUUGGCGAUGUGUCUCUCGAUCCAGUGGCAAUGGUGAGAGUGUUAAGAGAGCAGUGGGAGCAAGUAACGUACGAAUGUUUCUUGCAUUCAAAAGACUUUGGUUCAUUUGAAAGACUGAGGCUUUUCUGCCUAAAGAAAUUGAAUUGUUUGAAACUAGUUUCUGAAACAUAUUUUCCCUCCCCUUGAAAUGUAUACUGCUGUGAAUGCUGUAUGAUGUGUGCAUUUUUUCUGUUAUUGAAAUGUGAGUCAAUGUGAAACCGCAUUUGAUGGGGGUGGGUAGUGAGCACGCUUUAGAGUGAUUUUGAAACUCUCCUGUUUCCCAAGAGUGUUGGGGAUGUUUUGGUCUGUAAGUAACUACAAGAAUGCUGUUUGCUGCAGUCAUGUGUUCUGUGUUUGGAUGCUUUUUACAAGACUUGUCAAUGUAGGAUAUUCUUAAAUAAAACAAUUUAAUGAAAAACUAUUUACAAACAAAGUAAAUAAAAGCUUAUCUUCGGUAAAUGACCAACCUAUUUUUUUUAAAGAAAAUCAAAAUUCUGCAAACUCCAAAUCCGUAUUAUGGUGCACAUUUAAAAGAGUAUGUAGAGGAUAUCUCAAAAAGAUGAGGGCUAUAGAAAACAAAAAGAGAGGGGAAAGUUUAAAUAUGCUAUAUAUUUACCUUGAUAACCUUCAAAAUAUAAAUAAAUUAAAUUCCACCUUAAUUAGAUCGGCAGCAGUACUGACUCUUAAGAAAUAAAGAAGUAGGAGCCUCAAAAAACUAAAACAAUCUUCGUAUUUUAAAAAUAAUAAGGCAGACAAGAUGUUGUCUAAUCAACUAAAAAAAAAAAAAAAGAAAAGAAAUUAACAGAAGAAAAAAGAAAAACCCCACAGAAAAUGUGAUCAACUAAUUCAGACGCCAAGAUUUUGGCAGCAGUUGUUGCUCAGAGACUGAGACGGAUAUGCCUAAUCCAUCACGAUCACAUAGGCUUUAUGCUGGGUAGGCAGUCAUAUAAUAACAUCAGGAUGAUGAUUCAUAUUCUAGAUGAUACUGAUAAGACUCAUCAACCUCUUGCAGUUAUUGCUAUCGACGCAGAGAAGGCCAUUGGAUGUCGAUUUCUGUUCUAGUCUUUGAGCAACUGUGGUAUCAAUGGGUUUUUAUCGGAUUCCAUUAGGUCUCUCUACUCUUGUUCCACAGCUAGAACAGUGGGACAAGAUAUUUGAACAGACUGGUUUCCACUAAAGAAUAAAACAUACCAAGGCUGCCCACUGUCCCCCUUACUCUACAUUUUGACAAUAGAGCUCCUAGCUAAUGAGAUAAGAAAUAACGAUAAAAUAAAAGGAUUUCAAAUAGGCCAAGAACAAUAUAAGCUACGUCUCUAUGUUGAUGCUAUCUUGAUUACAAAAACAGAUAAAGCGAAAUCUAUCCCAGAACUCAUGAGGUCAUUUCAGGAAUAUACGUUACUCUCAAACUACAAAUUAAAUAUUGAGAAAUCUUUGAUUCUUUCUAAAAAUCUUAAUGAAGAAAUGAAGCUAUGUUGUAAAAAUUCUUUUAAAUGCAAAUGGGAUUUGCAAGAACUUAAUUACUUGAAGGUAAUUAUAACACAAGACAUAGAUAUAAUGAUGGAGCGUAAUUAUAGGAAGAUUCUGAGGGAGACCAACUGGUCAUUUAAACAAUGGAAAAAGUUACCACUAUCUUGGAUAGGCAGAAUUAGUGUAUUUAAGUUGUAUAUAUUGCCUAAAUGGACAUAUUUAUUCAUAAAUAUUCCACUAUUAGUCCAAGAUCCCUGGCUUAAUCAAACACAAUCUUAUAUCUAAAAAUGUAUUUGAGCUGCAAAAAAGUCAAGAAUUAGCUAAAGAUCUUGUCCUUAAAAUCUAAGAACGGAAGACUAGGAUUGCCUAAUUACACAUUAUUAUGAAGCCAACAGUUUAUUUCAUAUAUAUGAUGCAUGGUUAACAAAACUAUCAAGAACCAUAGUACAAAAUCGAAUCUAAUGCUUGUAAAAAAAAAAUUUACUCAGUACACUUUGGUACUUUGGAUCUCACCUAUAUAUGAUAGGGAAGAUAUCUUCAAAUUUCAUUCUAGAAAAUCUAAUUAAAAUUUGGUAUACUCUAAAAUCUAAUCUCGGAUUAAAAGAUAAAAUUAUAAGAACGCUAGAUGUAGAGAUUAUAAUUUAGGAGAUGGAAAGAUGCAGGUAUUCUUAAGAUCAAAGAUAUAUUAGUAGGAAACACAAUUAAAUCCUUCCAAAAUUUAAAGCAGGAAUUCUUUUUAUAUGUGAAAGGCUAAACUGAUGACUCGAUCCCUUCUGGUACCGGUUCUCCAACCCUCGAUUGUCACCUGAGCUCAGGGAAGAAUUAUGGAAGCAGAAUAACGAGACAGACACAAGAUUGCUUUCCAAAAGUCUUCUGACAAUGUAUUCAAAAUGCUCUGUACUUAUACAAUAUUUGUCACGAACAUUGAUUACAGAAAGUUACACAAGAUACAUAAAAGAGGAAGUAGUUUCUGCUGUUACAUUCAAUAAUCUGAUCUUACAAAAUAUCACAUGUACAUUGGUUAAGCAUCUCCUGAUACAUAGAAACUGUCAUAGCUUGUGACUUCCUUUCAGUUAUGUUUUGUAAGCGGUUCUGCAAAAGAGCUUGCUACUACAUUUACAAAAUAAUUCACCAUAUAGAAUACUAACAGAUUAACUGUUUUAAUUCCUUCAAUAUGAUAAAGACAUUUUUUAUUAUUUUCAUAUUAAAAAAAUAUUAAUAAAUCAAAUAAGAACUGGUGUAAAAUAUCUUGUAGAAAGAAGAAAGGGUUAUGGGGUAGAAAGAUUACCACCACUACCCCAAAAGAGAGGUUACAGGAGGUGCAAGGGGCUUAACCCCAGAGUUAAUAAUGAAAAAGACAGAAAGAAUGGCGUGGGGAGUCCACCCACAAAAAGUGGGUGGAGUACCCAACCCACUCAAAAAGUACCUCUUAGUAUAAAAAGUUACAUGAAUAGGGUAAACAACCUUUAUUGAAAAAAGAUGCUAAAAAAUGGUAAUAAUACCAAUAGUACUAAAUACACCCAAAUAGUGUAUACAAAAUAAUAAAGUGAGCACUAACACCUAUAAGAACCUGGGAAAGGUAGUCCUAUAGAGACAUACAGCUGAGUAAAUAAUAGAGAUGAAAAUAUAAACAAAAUCCACCUAAAUAUUAAGUAAAUAUGUGGCUGUACAGACUAGUCUAAUCCCAUUAAAGCGCAUAGUAGAGAGCAUGGAUAGAUGAAUGAUAGUUAUAGUGCCGGUUAGGUCCAGAAGGAAAUAUAGAGUAAUAGAGGCUGAACAGUAGUUACUAGUAAAGGUGCACGGGCUAAAUAGUGUCUAAAUGUGGGUAGAAUAUCCCUCAAGAGGAAAAAAUAAUAAUAACCCACUCCCCAGACAAAAAGGAAAGGAAAAACCACCUAAGUCGCCCUAAACUAACUAUGUAGCCUAAAAUAAACGGCACAUCUAACUGCUGCUUCAUGGCAGCCUAUCCAAGUCCCUAAAUCGCUAUGAGGAAAAAAUCAGCGCAUCACAGGCGCUAAGGGAACCCAGGUACAUAGAGAAGGUAAAGUGAGGAACUCAAUUCAAUAAAAUAGCAUCGGCUAAAGAUAAUCUCGACGCGCGUUUCGACGUUUUAAACACGCCUUUAUCAAGAGCUACCUGGUAAGUGACUCGGGAGCCGGUUAUAAAGGGAUAUAGCCACACCCCUGUGAUUAGAACCUCCAAUCAGAGCCCAUAACAGCUUACCUCCCCUACACUUUGGACCAAUCAGAGGAGGUGGGCGUGAUAAUCAUGUUCGCUCCGGAUGCCCAGCGGGGAGGAGUUUUGACGGGAAAUAAAUAAAUAAAUAAAUGAUGCUACAAAUAUGACUCAAAAUAAUUGUAACUGUUCCAAUCCAUCAAACCUUGAUGCGGUAACAGUAAGGUACCAUAAAAUGUAGCAAUAAAAUGAAAUCAGUGUGGAAUGACACAAUAUAGUGUGUCUAGAUGGCAAAAAGCAGCUUUUAAGUUGCUGAAAAUACAAGAUUAAAUUGUCCAACAGACAUUAAACCAAUAUUGCCCAAAACCAGCUAUUCAUGCUCCCUACCACUGGUAAAUAUACCUAUAAGUUAAUGGACAAGUGAAUAGACCGUAACUGGAGACACAAUGACGGGACAAGAGACAGGACGGCCAUAUAUUCCAUUCUCAGAAAUGCUUAGGCAGACACAGAUACAGUGAAAAUAAAGUAUAUUAUAUAAAAUAUAACAUGUUUUAUACAAUCAAUGCAUCAGGGUUAAUUGAUAUAGUGGAACCAGGAGGUGUUCCCGAAUUAUCAAACACAUUAUCAAUCCAGGAAUCAGGAAAAGGGAGGGAGGAGAGGGGGGAGGAAGAGAUGCUAUUAGAAUCUAGCCCUGUAACACAACAUUUUGCUGUUCCAAAAUUACAGGUAAUCAAUUUAUCUUCUUUCCAAUUAGACAAAUCUCACCGUAACAUCUUGGAAAAGGGGCUCUCCUUUGUACCGACUCCAGCAUUUGAUAGGUUCAUAUGGACAAAGGAUUUACAUCUUUUUAUACGAAAAUUGGCUCUAUAUAAAUUUCAUGAGUUAAAUAAAGAAAGGAAAGCACGUUCUCUGGGCCUCUCUAGCCUGGAUAUUGAUUGUCUUAAUAAUUUGGUCUCUCUCCUUGAUGAUAAUGAUCCUCAACUACUGACUUCAUAUACGAAUUUGAAAUCUAAAAGCCAGUUUACUCCUAACUUUGCACCCUUUAGGAAUAUUGAUCUUUUCCUUGAGGCUGUAAAAAGUGAGAUAGACGGCAUAGAGUGUUCAAAAUUUCAUUCCUUCCCUAAUGAUAAUCUAUCUAAAAGUGAACAAACUGCCUUAAAAUCACUGAGAGACAACGACAAUGUGAUCAUAAAACAGGCAGAUAAGGGAGGUAAUGUUGUUGUUAUGGACAUAUUCAAGUAUGAAAGAAUGGUGUUGAAGGUUUUAGGGAAUGUUGAUACUUAUACCAUUCUCCCUUCUUACACAACUAACUCUUUUUUAGAGAGUUAUAAGGGAAUUUUGGCAGUGGAGGGUUGCUCUCAGAUGAAGAAUAUUAUUUCAUUCUGAAUCGCCACCCAAGGAUAGCAACUUUCUACUGCCUGCCAAAAAUCCAUAAAAACAUUGAUGACCCACCAGGUCGUCCAGUAGUGUCUGGGGUUGAUAAUCUUACUCAAAAAGGCAGCCUGUACAUUGACCAGAUCCUCAGACCGUUUGUCGAACGCUUACCCUCUUACAUUAGAGACACUAAGCAGGCUCUCUCUCUCCUUUCUAACCUCCAUAUGGAACCAACAGCUAAUCUAUGUAGCCUUGACGUUGAGGCCCUUUAUUCCUCCAUUCCACACCAGAGGGGCAUUGAACAUGUUAAGUAAUUCCUUGACCAAAGGGGCCCGGAACAGCAGGCACAUACUACAUUCACUCUCAAGCUAUUGAAAUUUAUCCUGUCCCACAACUACUUUUUGUUCCAUAAUAAAUACUACCACCAGAUACGAGGUACAGCAAUGGGCACUGCGUGUGCACCUUCUUAUGCCAACCUCCAUCUAGGGUGGUGGGAGGAACAGAUUAAGACAUCUACUAAUCUAUCACCGUUUCUGUCCAAAAUUAUUUUUUGGUACAGAUAUAUAGAUGAUAUCAUUAUAGUGUGGCAGGGUAAUAGCAAGGAGUUUGAUGAAUUUGUGUCUCUCCUCAAUAUAAAUGAGGAUAACCUUAAAUUCACCGCGGAGUUCAGAGGUCCUUCCCUGAACUUUUUAGAUCUUACGAUUUCAAUUUCCAAAGAUGGGUCUCUUGUCACUACCCUGUUUAGGAAACCCUCUGCAUCUAAUUCCCUUCUCAAAUGGAACAGUUGCCAUCCAAGAUCUCUAAAACAGGGUAUCCCUAUGGGACAAUACCUUAGACUACGACGCAACUGUACAGAUCUGGCGGAUUUCCAAAUUAAAGCCAAGAUCUUGAGACAACAAUUCAAAGAGAAGGGUUACCCUAAUAGAUGUCUUAAGAGAGCCUAUUAUAGAGCACUGACAACUGAUAGGGCUGACCUCCUGUCAGACUCCCCAGUGUCAACUAAGACUACCAAUAAAACCAUCAGGAUGAUUGGUACAUUUGACACUGGUUGUGAUAAAGUUAAAAGUUCCAUGCAGAAGUUCUGGCCUAUUUUACUCAAGGAUACUCAUCUGAAAGAGGUUUUGGGUCCACAAGUUUCUAUUACAGCUCGGAGGGGUAAGAACCUUCGGGAUAUUCUCAUACCUAGCCACUUUACUUCUAAACACGGACGAAAGAUCCCCGUAGGUUCUUUUGGCUGUGGUAGAUGUGUAGCCUGCAAAUAUAUUCUCAGAGAUUCUAAUGAGGUGAUGGACAGUGAAGGUAAACAAUCCUUCCAGAUUGCUCACUUUUUUAACUGCAACUCAGCGGGGGUAGUGUACCUACUUACCUGUAGUUGCAAGUUGAUGUACGUGGGCAAAACCUUUCGUCCAUUUAAAGAACGUAUAAAAGAACAUGUUAGAUCACCCAAGAAUCGAUUUGAUACCCCUAUUUCAAGACAUUUAAAGGAACAACAUGGUGGUUCUUCGAAAGAUAUACGUUUCUGUGGUCUAGAGCUUGUUAAACGUGAUCAAAGACGGGGAGACUUUAAUAAAAUCCUACAUCAAAAAAAAUGUAGGUGGAUCUAUAAUUUGAAUACCCUUAACCCAAGAGGUCUUAACGAAGGGUUUUCCUUUUCUCCAUUUAUUUGAAUGCCUAGUGUCCAUAUUUGCCCUUUCCAUACAAAUUCCCUUGUUUCCUGUCUAUUUUAUAUAACUUUACCGGUCUCACUAUUUAGUGAAUUUGUCUAUUUGUUUGUGAUCAUCUUAGUAUACAUUAUAUGGUAUAUGUGCUACCUUUGACCCUGGUAUGUGUACUGCGGGACACUUAUGUGAACACUUGUAUUUGACAUGAAUAUAUUCUUCUCUUUCCCCCCACCCUCCUCCUUUCAACUAAUUUACAAGAAGCCCCUUUUUUCCUAUAUUUAUCAUUAUUCUUAUUUUUAUUGAUCAUAUCUUGUGCCUGCAAACCAGCUGGGACCCUACCAUAUUAUGGCGAAGAUCCAUAUUUAGUAUGACUUUGAGACUAUUGGUGUGGCAAAGUUUUCUAUUAUAAAGUAAACUACUAAUUCAUAGGUUCCAUAGUGUUCCGUUCGGUUUUUCCACUAUAUCGAUUAACACUGACGCAUUGAUUGUAUAAAACAUGCUAUAUUUUAUAUAAUAUACUUUAUUUUCACUGUAUCUGUGUCUGCCUAAGCGUUUCUGAGAAGGGAAUAUAUGGACGUCCUGUCUCUUGUCCCGUCAUUGUGUCUCCAGUUACGGUCUAUUCACUUGUCCAUUAACUUAUAGGUACUAUUGGUAUUAUUACCAUUUUUUAGCAUCUUUUUUCAAUAAAGGUUGUUUACCCUAUUCAUGUAACUUUUUAUACUAGGAGGUAUUUUUUGAGUGGAUUAGGCACUCCACCCACUUUUUGUGGGUGGACUCCCCACCCCAUUCUUUCUGUCUUUUUCUUAAAAUAUCUUGUAGUUUGAUUCUCUGAUUGGUGUAGUAUUUUACACCAGUUCUUGACUGGUACAAGACUGUAAAAAUACGAAUAGAAACACCCAAAGUAAUGCGAGAAGGGCAGAGAGAGCUGAACAGAGGCCAGAAAAGGAAGUGGUUACAUUGAAACACCUAAAGGGACUCUCCAGUGCCAGGAAAACAAACCGUUUUUCUGGCUCUGCAGGUCCCCUCUCCAUCCCACCCCCAUCCCAUGUUGCUGAAGGGGUUAAAACCCCUUCAGUGUCUUACCUGCAUCCAGCGCCGAUAUCCCUCGGCGCUGGUUUAGGGUCUGCCCACGCUCCUCCCCCACCGACGUCAUCCAGCGGGGGAGACCUAUUGCGCGUGUGCGGCUGCCGGCGGGGGAGACCUAAUGCAGUAGACCUCCCAAUAGGAAAGCAUUGAAAAAUUUAUGAAAACGGCAAUAAUUACAUUUGCAGGGUUAAGGGUAGUGGGAGUUGGCACCCAUACCACUCCAAUGGGCAGAAGUGGUCUGGGUGCCUGGAGUGUCCCUUUAAGUUGUAUUGGUUCUGGUGACUAUAGUGUCCCUUUAAAUUCUUUUAAACAAACUGACAAUUUCAUAGAUUUAUUUAAGAUUAACAUUUGGCUUACUUUAUUAACAGAUUAAGAGGAUGUAUUUAUGGGGCACUUAAACCAAAAUAGCCAUUACAACUCAGUGUAGUAAUUAUGUUGCCAAAAAGCUCACGGUUUUAUGUGAAUUAGUACCACGGGGUUUACACCAGUAUCUGGAGACCUUCCCCUUCUUUGCUGCAUCGAUAAGGCAGAAUUUGCACUGCUGCAUUUUUAAUAUUAAUGGCAAUCACCCUUGACUUCACUGAUAGCCAGUAAGUGCAGGGAGGAGGGUGAGCUCAGUGCUCACAAGCUAUCAUUGCCAUCCAUGUAGGUGUAUAUUUUACAUAAUCAAUGUGACUGAGAUGGGUAGAAAUCUCUGGAUGGGGUGGAGAACUCUAAUAUUCGUCAAGCUUCUCCAAAAUGAUUUCUUACAUAAAAUGUAAGACAUACUCAGAGAUUCUAGGCAAUGUGACCCCUACACUAAACUGUAGUGGUUAUAUUGCUUUGAGUGUCUAAAUGUUUCCAAAUGGAAAAAAGUAGAGGUACAUCAUCAGCGACAGUUGUGUCUCAUUUCCUUAUGCCCUAGUGAAACAUAACGUUCUCCACAUUUUUCCCAUGUCAUGUUGCUUGCGCAACCAAUCGAUCGAGUUUUAGCGUUGUAUUCAUUUUAUUAACUGCACAAUUCCAUUGUUAGCAUAAAAAGUGUAUUAAAGAGCUAUCUUUUUAUAUAAAUAUUGUAAAAUGUUUUGACAAACAGAACUGGGAAAAAAUACAUAAACUGCGAAUGUAUACAAUGUGCAAAUAUGUGCAUAUUCCAAAGGGAAAAAAAAAAAAUGUAUAUACUUAAACAUCAUUUUCAAUUAAUAUGUAAAUAUUUGAUCUCUGGUUAAAAAAAAGGUGGGAAACAUAUGUCUAUAGUGCAAGUAACUUCAAAGAAGAUCCCCUUUUGUUCCCUUUAAUUGAAAGGCUCAGAUAUACCAGAGCCCCUUCUGUCCAGCAGGUUUUUUUUCAGCCUAUGUUUUUCUGUUUUUAGAGAGAUUGGAUAUUUACAUAUUAAUUGAGAAAGCUGUUUAAGCACGUUAGAUUUAUGAAUUGCACUUUAUAUGCACAUUAAAUAGCUUUGCACGUUACGUAUUUCUAAGCAUAUCACGUUUUUUUCCUGUAUUGUUGGUAUUGUAAUGUGGGAAGCUAAUGUGUUGAGUGCAUGCAGCUAAAAAUAAAAUAUUGUUUUAAGCCUUACAGAGUAGAGAAUAUGUGGCCUUUUAUAAUACUUAAGAACCUCUCACUUUAAUGACAAACAGAGUACACUGACAAACAGAAAUGGUUUGAGAAAUUCUGGUGUAGAAUUUAAAGGGUUAAUUUGUAUAGCAACCUUAGAAUACUACCAAAUAUUACAUAUCCUUAGUUUAGUUUUUUGUUUUUUUGUAGGAUCACGUUUGGCAACAUUUAGGAAAUCUUACAUUAGUAACCAAUACAUCUUAACACCCCAAAGUCUUAUUAGUCCAAAAAUUUCUCCAAAUUUCUUGAAGGUUCUCUCCGUCGAUAUGAGCUGUUAUAAGUUUGUGAAAUGUGCAUCGAUUGUAUUUAUCAUACCUGUUAAACAAAUUCCCUGGAGCUUUCUCCGGUGAAAGAUUAAGCUCUUUCAAAACGAUACCCAUAAAGACAUCUUCCAUCGGUAUGAUUUUUAUAACUUGUGCUAUGUCAUAAAUCUUCUUUGCCAGAUCUGUUGAGAAAACAUAUCCACUGCCACUACAAUAUGGUGGGUAUGUUUUAUUUGGGUAAAUUUCUUCAGGAACAUACCACUUAUCAUCUUUUCCCCUUACAGGUCCGACAUUGGAUAUUAAUUGCCCAGUAUAAUAGUUGGUACGUACGGGCAAAUCUGGAUGUAAUAGCUCAUGGAUGAGAUAUUCGACGUUGAGAAACAUAUCUGUGUCUAUUUUCACCACGUAACUGGCGAUGGAACAGAAUUUUGCUACCCAUUCUACACCCAUUAGCGUUUUUAAGGUCAAAUUGUAAUAAGUAUCAAGAAAGUCUUGCUGGAUGAUGUCACGGUAGAAAUCACUUUCGUCCUUCAGCAAAUUCUCUUCAGGCUCAUUUUGAGUAGGCGAUAUCCCAAUCAGAAAAAGAGUUACAACGUCUACACUGUGAUAAUUAAGCUCAUUUCCCCAUGUUUCCCGAAUUAUAUUCCUAGAAGCUGUGUCAUAACAGCGACUGAGCACUAAAAUCACAAGAAAAGGUUUCCGGACAGAACAUUUGUCUUGAAGUUUGAUGAGGAACUUAUAAGGGUAUGGGUAUGGAGGUUGCAAAGGAUGUCUGGUAAGUAUUUCUGACAAUACAGGAUGGAAUGUACCAACCUUGAUUUUUGUGUAAUCUACUUUAUGUCGUAAGUUAGAGUUCAUUAAAUAGCCAAAAAACACUCCAAGCAUGAAAGUGCAAAAAAUGAUCCACAAUAGACGUUGCCUACAGCCGUUCAGUAUGUUAGCCAUGCCGAUCUUGUGUUACUUUGAAUAUUUCUGUACAAACCAGAGAAAAAUG